GCUCUGCUUUAUCCCAGCGGUGGCCACGGCUGGCCCACCCACACAGCCUGCAGGGACGGCGGCUUGGAAGUGCUCUACCAGAGCUGUGAUCCAUUACAGGACUUUGGCUUUUCUAUUGACCAGUGUUCCAGACAUGUAAAACAAAAUCUCAGCAUCAGAUUUGGAAUAAUUUUGGGAGAGGACAUCCAAGAGCUAUUUGUUGAUGUAGCUCUUGUCACAAAAGGAUCACCCUUUUUUAAUUUCUCCUAUCCUAUCUGUGAAAAGGAUCAACCAAAAUUUUCUUUCUGUGGAAGAAGGAAAGGGGAAAAGUUUUACUAUGCUGGCCCUGUCAAUAAUAUUGGAUUUGACAUCCCUGAGGGAGAAUACCAAGUCUUGGUGGAAAUGUAUAAUGAAAACCGCUCUCCUGUGGGCUGUGCCAAUGCCACUGUCAUUUGCUGCUGAUGGUGCCUCACAGCUCAAUAUCACUCCAUCUUGUGGACAAUGAAGUUCUUCAAACUGAACCAACUGUAAAAAGGAUGUAAAGAAGCUGCACAAAGAAUAUUCUCCAAAGAGCUUGGGCUCAUCUAAAUCCCCCAAUGCAACUCCCUCCUCAGAUUCUAUAGAUGCAAUUAAACCCCUGAAAUUA